CAGCGGCAGGUGUCUCCAGGGACUUUGUCCGUAGGAGGGGUGCUGCUCCCCCCUUCCACCCUCCCACUGCCAGGCCUGGGAAGGGGGCCAUGAGCUGCCCAUGGUGCUUAGGGGCCCUCACGGGACCACCCUUCCCCUGGGCUCUGGGGAGGCGGGGGCCAGAAGUGGGUCAAAGCCUAGGCCCCUGGUCGCCGACGUCUCCCCCGGCGGGGAGGGGAGGGGCUCCCGCGGAGGCGCAGCCAGGCCGGCCCUUAUAUGACCUGGAGGCCCCCGUUGCUCCAGCGAGACCAUGAGGGCCCCUCCUUGGUCGCUGCCAUCUCUGCCGCUGGCUCUCGCGGCCCACGGGGCGGCGGUGGACGCGCCCACCUACCCGUGGCGAGACGCGGAGGCGGGGGGGUGGCUGGUGUGCAGCCAGUGAUCCCUGGGCACCUUCGAGCAGCGGCCUGGAGGCUGGGACAGCCCCACGACGUGCGGCACGUGCCCGCCCCGCCACUACACAUAAUUUUGGAACUACGGGGAGCGCUGCCACUACUGCAACGUCAUCUACGCGGAGCGCAAGGAGGAGGCGCGGCCGUGCAGGGCCACCCAUAACCGCGCCUGCCGCUGUCGCCCCAGCUUCUUCGCACACGGCGGCUUCUGCCUGGAGCACACACCCUGCCCGCCCGGCGCCGGCAUGGCUGCCCCCAGUGGGUGCGGGUGCGGGGGGCCGCCCCAGAGCACGCAGUGCCAGCCGUGUCUAGGCACCUUCUCAGCCAGUAGCUCGAGCUCGGAGCAGUGCCAGCUGCACCGCAACUGCACAGCCCUGGGUCCGGCCUUCAACGUGCCGGACUCCUUCCACGACACCCUGUGCACCAACUGCAUGAGCUUCCCACUCGGCUCCAGCGAGCUGGGGGCACUGGGUGAGGAGUGCGAGCGCGCCCUUGUCGACUUCGUGGCUUUCCAGGAUCUCUCCGCCCAGAGGCUCCUGUGGCUGCAGCAGGCCCUGACCAGCCUAGGGGCAUGGAGCCUGCCAACGCCGCUGCCGGCGGCGAGGGCGGGCCGCACGGCCCUGUGGCUGAGACUGCGGCAGCUCACAGAGCUCCGUGAGGCGCCGGACAGGCUGCCCGGGCUGGAGCGCAGCAUCCACGGGCGCUUCCUCCAGGCGCCCUGAGCGCCCUCCCAUCUAUUCACUCCCGGCCUGAGCCCCCCGCGUGGGCGGCCCCCUAGCUGUACCAAAGGAGGC